AUGAUGGCGGUACUUGCUGCAGCAUUUGGAUUCUUCCUGCUCGCAGGGACGGACGGGUCAGAAGGUCAGCCGCCCCAGUACGUGACCUCUGAGAAUGGCCCAGCAGUGGAGCUGUGCAAGGAUGCUCUCUCUUACAUGUGCGGCGAAAGCUUCGGUGACCGAUGCGUUUCGCCCAAGAACUUCUGCGAUGGAUGCGCCAAGCUGUGUGGCAACACGCCCGACUGCGAGGGCUUCAGCUUCCACGGCGGCUACCGGCGUUGUCAGCUGCACCCGGCCGGCGGCCAGCUUCGCCAGCUCAGCACCAACUGGACCAGCUACCGGCGCAGCGCCCCGGCGGCUGCACCGAAUAACACGCGGGGAGUUCGGUACCUGUUUGGCCUUCCGCCGGCCGUGAUUGGCGAGACAUCUACCGACGGCGUCGGCAAACUCUUGCCCCGCGCCAAGUGUGGCAGCCAGACGGUGUUUUAUGUACCGCCGCAGAAGGCCCAGGCCACCACGCGCAUCGUGGGCGGCAGUGAGGUGCCUUACGGCGCCUUCCCCUGGCAGGCGGAGAUUAAGGUUGUGAAGGACGGCUACAGGGGGCACCACUGCGGCGGUGCCAUCGUCUCUCCACUGCACAUCGUGACGGCAGCUCACUGCAUCGUCACACAUAACAAAGACGAGUAUGUGGUGGUGCUGGGCGAGCACGACCUGGAGGAGGCAGACGAGAUGGAGCGGGCCUUCCCCGUCGACAAGAUCAUCAUACACCCGGCCUACAGCAAAGAGAGCAAGCGGCACGACCUGGCGCUGCUACGCCUGCGCACGCCGCCCGGCAAGAAGUCCGUCUACAGCGAGCGGGCGCGCCCCAUCUGCCUGCCGCCGCCGUUCGAGGAGCCCAAGGACGGCCUGGACUGUGUCGUCUCCGGAUGGGGCCGCAUGAACCCCAAUGACGAUGCGAGCCUGGCCACCACGCUGCGCGCGGCUCGCGUGGGUGUCAUCGGCCCGAAGACGUGUGGCUCGGCCAAGGUGUACGGCAACAAGAAACACUACUUCCCGGACGGCACGCUGUGCGCCGGCUACCUGGGCGGAGGGGCCGACGCGUGCGGCGGCGACAGCGGAGGCCCGCUCGCCUGCAAGGUCGAUGGUCAGUUCCAGCUGGUGGGCGUGGUCUCGUGGGGGGACUCGUGCGCCGAGGCCAACAAACCGGGAAUCUACACUCGCGUCGCUCAGUACACGGAGUGGCUCAACAGCAACAUGCAGAAGUAGGCGGCCGGCGAUCCGAUGACCGCGCUCACCUGGGUCCUUCGCUCGCCGCCGCUUUAUUUCUGAGCAACGGCCGCCCUCAGAACGGACUUUCACCGCCUGUCAGGCGGCCCAAGGGACAUUCAUAACACACGGGUGUUACAACUAGAUGUUUGCGAGUGCUCUGUGCAUGGCUGUGCUCAUUCCCGGCAUCAGAUUCUGCCCGAGUUCCGCACUAACUCUGGCAAGUCGCCAAGGCUGCAGAUAGCAUGUUUUCCCACGAUCCCCAAGGACAAGGGUAAGGAUGCAUUUGUGCAUAAGGAGGUGUCGAAGAAGUGGAAGGACGUAACACAGGCGCCGAGUGGAAGGGCGUGAAACGAACGUAAUUGGACACUGCAGAUCCUGUCUGCAGUGUCCGC